CUGAAAUCAAAUCAAGUAAGUUUUUGCUUCAAUUUAUUUGUUAAAUUGAAAUCAUAUAAACUUUUUGCAGUUUGGUGAACCUGGAAAUGAUGAUUUUACAGUUGAAUUAAGUAUAAAAUUCACUGAGAAUUAUCCGGAAGGGAUUCCUGAAACAACAAUUGAUGGAAUUGAUGAGCAAUUUGAGGUUACUCGGAUUUUCGAGGCAAUUGAGAAAAUGAAAGCGGUUGCUGAAGAGAAUUUGUGUAUGGUUAUGGUAUUUUCGAUAGUUUCAGCAAUGCAAGAAGAAAUUGAGGAAUUAUUAAAUGUGAAAAGGCGGAGAUUGCUCGAAAUCGAGCAAAAAAUAGGGAAAUGUUGUGACGCCGAAGAGUUUACGCGCUUGGAAGGAGAAAUUCGAUGCGGAGCGGAAGGCGGCAAAUGA